UGGCCGGCCACGGGAGCGCGCGCGGCGGAGGAGGGCUCCGGGAGGCCGCGGAACAGCGACCGCCGCCAUAUUAAGGAGCGCGGAGCCCGGGGUCCCGACAGCGGCGGCCGCGGCCGGACCAGUGGAGCUGCGGGCGGCAGAGGCCGGCGCGGCGCUGCGCCGGGAGAGGCGGGGUCGGCGGAGCCAACGGGGGACCGGAGCGAGCCAGGCUGACCCGGGCCGGCUGACCUUGGCCGGCGGGCUGUGCCUGCCCUGCGUCGCCAUGGACCAGGACUACGAGCGGCGCCUCCUCCGGCAGAUCGUCGUUCAGAACGAGAACACGAUGCCCUGCGUCGCAGAGAUGCGGCGAACCCUGACGCCCGCCAACUCUCCCGUGUCCUCCCCCAGCAAGCACGGAGACCGCUUCAUCCCCUCGAGAGCCGGUGCCAACUGGAGCGUGAAUUUCCACAGGAUCAAUGAGAAUGAGAAGUCUCCCAGCCAAAAUCGGAAAGCCAAGGACGCCACCUCAGACAACGGCAAAGAUGGCCUGGCCUACUCCGCCUUGCUGAAGAACGAGCUGCUGGGAGCCGGCAUCGAGAAGGUGCAGGACCCGCAGACGGAGGACCGAAGGCUGCAGCCCUCCACGCCUGAGAAGAAGGGCCUGUUCACGUAUUCCCUCAGCACCAAGCGCUCCAGCCCCGACGAUGGCAACGAUGUGUCUCCCUACUCCUUGUCCCCCGUUAGCAACAAGAGUCAGAAGCUACUGCGGUCGCCACGGAAACCCACCCGCAAGAUCUCCAAGAUCCCCUUCAAGGUCCUGGAUGCGCCAGAGCUGCAGGACGACUUCUACCUGAACCUGGUGGACUGGUCGUCCCUCAAUGUGCUCAGCGUGGGGCUGGGGACCUGCGUGUACCUGUGGAGCGCCUGCACCAGCCAGGUGACCCGGCUCUGUGACCUCUCGGUGGAAGGGGACUCGGUGACCUCCGUGGGCUGGUCCGAACGGGGGAACCUGGUGGCCGUUGGCACGCACAAGGGCUUUGUGCAGAUCUGGGACGCAGCUGCAGGAAAGAAGCUGUCCAUGCUGGAAGGCCACACGGCACGCGUUGGGGCGCUGGCCUGGAACGCUGACCAGCUCUCGUCCGGGAGCCGGGACCGCAUGAUCCUGCAGAGGGACAUCCGGACCCCGCCCCUGCAGUCAGAGCGGCGGCUGCAGGGCCACCGGCAGGAGGUGUGUGGGCUCAAGUGGUCCACGGACCACCAGCUCCUCGCCUCGGGGGGCAACGACAACAAGCUGCUGGUCUGGAACCACUCGAGCCUGAGCCCCGUGCAGCAGUACACGGAGCACCUGGCGGCCGUGAAGGCCAUCGCCUGGUCCCCACACCAGCACGGGCUGCUGGCGUCUGGCGGUGGCACGGCUGAUCGCUGCAUCCGCUUCUGGAACACGCUCACGGGGCAGCCGCUGCAGUGCAUUGACACGGGCUCCCAGGUGUGCAACCUCGCCUGGUCCAAGCACGCCAACGAGCUGGUGAGCACGCACGGCUACUCGCAGAACCAGAUCCUGGUGUGGAAGUACCCGUCCCUGACCCAGGUGGCAAAGCUGACCGGGCACUCGUACAGGGUCCUGUACCUGGCCAUGUCCCCUGAUGGAGAGGCCAUAGUCACUGGUGCUGGGGAUGAAACCCUGAGGUUCUGGAACGUCUUUAGCAAAACCCGUUCGACAAAGGUAAAGUGGGAGUCCGUGUCAGUGCUCAACCUCUUCACCAGGAUCCGGUAAACCCUCGGGCCUCUCUGUCCGGGUCGGAAGAGCACCAUCUCUCCUCGGCGUUCACGGACCCUCCCCUCUCCGGCACGCGGUCUCCGGAGGAAGCAGCCGGGGUGGGGCGGGGAGUCGGGCCUGGAGAGACCCCGAAGAUUCUCAUUAAAGCCUGAUUGCGAA